AUGUGGCUUAUACUAUCACCACUACUACUACUCAUACUGAAAUUCACCGCUGUAUUCACAUGGACAACAGAAGAACUUUUCAUCUACGAUCUGGUAGAAGAAGUGGGCGAAAAUUUUUACGAUCUUUAUGGAAUUCCAAAGGAUGCCGAAAUUUCGAGUAUCAAAAAAGCAUAUCGUCGAUUGAGCAUGGAGUGGCAUCCGGAUCGUAAUUCAGAUGCAAAAGCAGAAGAGCAAUUCAGAAAGAUCGCUGCCAUUUAUGAAGUUUUAAAAUCGCAUGAUUUAAGAGAAGAAUACGACCGUAUUUUAGAAAAUGGUCUUCCAGAUUGGAGACAACCUGUCUUUUACUAUCGGCGUGCACGAAAAUUAUCCUGGUUUGAAGGAGUGGUCAUACUUGUAAUAAUUUCUUCGAUUGGUCAUUAUUUUAUGCUGUGGGGUGCUUAUAUAGAUAAGUAUUUGACAUUGUCUUCAACUCGUAGCAAAUUACGUAAAAAGGAAAUUCGACAACUGAAAAAAAUUGGAAGUGAUGCUGAGACUUUAUAUGAAGCAGAAAUAGCUGAAAUGUUGUCUGAUGUUUGUCCAUCCUGGCGAAAUUCUUUACCUGCAUUAAUCGUAUCAUUUCUUUAUAAUGUUGCUGUUUCACUACCAGAUUUUGUUCGUACUCACAUCACAACUGACAAAAAGAAUAAGGGUGACGAGGUCUCUUCACGUCGUUAUGUUGCAAAACGACAACCUGUUUAUGAAUAUGCUGUAGCUUCAGACAUAAAACCAGUCCUUUCCUGUGUUUUUAGUGAAGAUUCUGCCAGGGAAUCUGAUUCGCAAAAUAAUGAUGUUUUUCACAGUAGUUCAUGGUCUAGUAAAGAAUUGGCACUGCUUGUUAGAUUGAGCACCGAGAAAUAUCCUGCUGGCACACCUAACAGAUGGGAAUUAUUGGCAAAAGCACUGGAUCGAUCACCGCAAAGUAUAACUUUUAUGGUUGGUAAAUUAAAGCAGAUGAAGAGGGACGAGUAUGCGGAUUUAUUACGUAAUUCGCAGUCAAGUGCUACCGUGCAGAAUGUUACAGAAAUAACGUCGCAGAAUCAAGCAAACCAAGUUUUUGAGGAGACAUCAAAUAAUUGGGAUACUUCAAGCGAAAAUAGCGACAGUGAAGAAGAGAAUAUCUCAUGGUCAGAUUAUGAUCAGAGGUUGUUUGAAACAGCACUUCAGGAAUUUCCAAAAGGCACUGUUGGUCGAUGGGACAAAAUUGCUAAUUGUGUAUCGAGUAAAACUAAGCAGCAGUGUAUCGAACGAUUCAAAUAUUUGUCGGAAAUGGUUCGACAAAGGAAAUCACAUCACAAAAAUAAGAAGAAGUAG